GGCCAGCUGGAUCGGGGUGGUGCCGCUGGGAGAGGAGCAGGCGGAGGCGCCGCGGAGCAGCUCGGAGGAGUCCUUCACCGCCGCCGUGGUCAGCAAGAUGAAGCGAGCCCUGGUGCUAGGAGCAUCGGCCCUGCUCAUUCUGGCGCUGAAUCAGAACGCCAUCCGAGAGCUGGAUGUGUCCCUGGUCCUCGCUAAGCCUGUGAUCGUGAUCCAGUCCUCAGACAAUGUCACCAAGCUCCUUGGGGCUUUGUUACGCAGGGGGCUCCGGGCAACAGCAAAGAUCACAUACCAGACAGCGCUGCUGGAGAACCUGGGAGUGACUCUCACAUUGUGGUCAACCUGUGGCCUGUCCCGAGGCGGGCUGUAUGGGGAGUGGCAAGGAGUCAUCUGCAUGGGAGAGAACAGCUCACGGGUUCAGAAAUACCUUCAACAACUGUGGAACACCAUCCUGCUCAUUGCCCUCAUCCUGUGUACUGGGGUGAUUGUGCAGGCCCAGCGCCAGUCCCGGCAAGACCAGUCAGACCAGGACACUGAGCUGGACCUCAAGCAGCUCAUUCUGCAGAGGCUGUCAGCACUGAAAACCCGGCGCUACCACCCUGGCAAACACCUCCGGAGUCGGGGCUGUGAGAUUGACAGUUGUGCCGUCUGCUUGGACCAGUUCCACAAGAAUCAGUGUCUACGGGUGCUGCCGUGUUCGCAUGAGUUUCACCGGGACUGUGUGGAUCCAUGGCUUCUCCUGCAGCAGACAUGCCCUUUGUGCAAGCAUAACAUCCUGGGAAGUUGCUGCGGAGAGAGCUAGCUGGCCAGUGAGACACUCUGGGACUGAUCCACUUACACUCCAGGAAUGGGGGGGCAGUUAGUUGAUCUUGUAACCUGCUUUUCAUGGGCUGGCUGAGGGGACUAGAACUGGGGAAAGUAGCUGGACCAACAUAGCAUGUUGAGGGGGUAGGAGGGUGGGGGGGGAAGAGGUACGGAGAUAAUGUGGGUUUGGGGAAGUGUCAGCAGUGUCCAUUGCUCCAUGCUGUGCUUGGCACAGUCCAGUCCACUGUGUCUAUGGCCAGGCUGCACACAGUAGAUAUCUGGAACCUUGGGGGAAGAGGCAUUGAAGGGGAUGCAAAUGGAUUCAGAGCCCCCUAGAGUGAAUGUGGGCAGCCCUAUCCCUGCACAGGGAUGAGCUCAGCAGAGGGUGGGAUGGAGGAGCUUACCAGGGUGCACCCUGAAACGUCUGUGUUAGUGGAAGUUUGAAGAGACCCCAGGGGUAGUGGGCACAAGAAAAAUAAGCUAAAUGGGUAUCUGAGAACCCUUGGUGGACUAGGAAUGAUGUUUGGGAGCUGCUUAGGCAAAGUCUUAAGGGGUUAAUGGGAAACCCAGGUGUGGUGGGAGAGGCCUGGCCCUUUAGCUGGCUGAGCCCUUGGUCACAGGCCACUUCCACCCCUAUUGCUUGGGAGGGCCUGCCAUUCUUUUUAUGAAUCUCUAUUUUCUAUAUUCCCAUGGCUGCUGCUACAGAACCCUGUUGUCAAACUGCCCCAACCCAAGGGCCUGGCUCAGCUUGAGUGCUCCUGUACUACCCCGAUCUAACUUGGCAGGAUGGCCUGGGCAUACAGUACUGGCCCCUGUUCCUUUUGUCCCUGGCAGUACAGUGAAUGAGAAAUCUCUGCUGACAGGGAGAGGGGAGGGGGAAGCUGGUGCUACUGUCAUACUGCCCUUGGUUUCAAUAUGCUUUCCUUCUUGCUGCCCUUGUUCAAAGUGGCCAGCUGGGGGAGCAGUCUGUCAGAUGUGGGGAUUUACAGAUUCAUGAAUGCUUGCUUUUAUUUAUACUAACUUAUUAUAGAGAGUGGCGUGAGUUAACUGCAAAGAAUGAACAAUAAACAAGCGUCCAGGUAUUUGCUGUGAGCC